AAGCACGGGGUGUUUCACAAUGACACCCAUUUUGGAAACAUCUUGGUGGACAGUGAAGGUGUACAACUGAAGUUAAUUGACUUUGGGAUUGGUCGUCUAAUCAAUGACGCUGCAUACAAAUCCAAAGGACAUAAAGGAGCACCUGAGAAAUAUUCUGAGUUCAUACACAGGGUCAUGCCAAAAAACGUCUUGGACUUAGGUUCUGUGCUAUAUAGAUGCUGCACGGAAAAAGCCCCUUCUUUGGACCCCAAUUAUGGACCCCACUUUAACCAAGAUGGUUCUGGAUCUGGCCAGUCCUGCAACAAAAGCCAGCAUCAGUCUGGACCACACCAAACCAAAAGCACUAAAGCGCCCCUUUGACUGCAUCCGGAGGGGCAAAGUGGAGACAGUGCCGGAUCCACAGCCUCCAGUCAGUUCGAGCAAUCCUUCUUUAAAGGAUUCCUCAGAUCUGGCCAGUCAGUCGAAGGUGGUUAAAGGUGGUCCAGAAGAACCAACAUCACUUGAAGAUUACCUCCAGAAAAAAAAGAUGUGGAGCACCAUGUGAUGCUUCCACACAGGGCAGAUCAGGCACAUCCUGAUGCCACGGAUAAAGCCAGUCUGCCUAUUUCCAAGACUCGUGUGAGUCUUGAAGGAACCGAUGUGCAUGUCAGGCAAUCUAAAUAUCCGAUGCCGGAUGUGGACAAAAAUCCAGCGGCUAAAGUGUCCAAAAUUCCUGGGCCUGAAAGUGCUGGUCAGCAGAGACAGAAAAAAACGGGUAAACCAAGCCCCAAAUGUCUUCUGCCAAAAGGUCCUGAAUCUUUUAAUGCUGAUUAUAAGCUUCAUGAUCAGGACGGCAUCAAUAGCAAUGUUGUCACAGGAAUCCGCACAGCUGAUGGCAAAGAGGUCACCAUCAAGCGUGUGGAGUUGGAUGACAAAGACGUUAUUCAUUAUACAGGUUCACAUUUAUCAGAAAGAGGAUCUAAUACUUUCCUGACCACUUGUUUUCCAAAGAUAUCAUUGGAGCACCCUGUGAAGGACGGCAAGGCCUUGGUAUGUCCCACUUUCAUACAUGGGGGAAAGCCAAUUCAGUGGAAAGAAAAGCCAUGAUCCAGGCAGAAGUAAGGGAUUUAGAGGAAGAGCGAAGAAGGGCAAAGGCAGUGGAACUUGGAUCCCAGGGUGCCUGGACUCGGUGGGAUCUCCCUAAGCGGAAAGUGUCAUGGAAUGAUCUCUGGAGGCUGGAGCCAUACCGAAUAUCCUUUUUACUGAGGGCCGUUUAUGACAGCCUUCCUUCCCCUGUGAACCUCCACAGAUGGGGGUUAAGGGAUGACCCUCUGUGCAAGCUCUGCAGGAAGAAAGGAACAAUGGCCCAUGUCUUGACAGGUUGCAGCACAGCACUUGCUCAGGGCAGAUACAGAUGGCGCCAUGACAAAGUCCUAACAGUCCUUGCCGAUAUUUUGGAGCAGGAGAGAACCAGGAAAUGCCAAAAUAAGAUUAAGGCGCCCCCUGCAAUAGCUUUUGUUAAGGAGGGUUCAAAGCUACCAGGUCCCAGUAAGAUCAGUGCAAGCAUUCUUCAGUCUGCCCAAGCAUGGGAGCUUAGGGUUGACCUAAAGAAAAGACUUCAGUUUCCUGACUUUGUCCACACUACCUUGAGACCAGACGCAGUCCUUUUCUCUUACACUGGAAAGAAGAUCAUCCUGGCUGAGCUUACAGUGCCAUGGGAAGAGGGGUGUGAAGAGGCAUUUGAGAGGAAAUCUGAACGUUACAGGGAGCUGGUGCAAAACUGCAGAGAGAAAGGCUGGCAGACAUGGCUGUACCCUGUUGAGGUGGGAUGCAGGGGGUUUCCAGCCCAAUCAGUCUGGAAACUGCUGACAGCUGUUGGACUGAAAGGAUCAGAAUGAAAAAGGGCGGUGCGAAGACUUGGGGAGGCAGCAGAGAGAGCCUCCUGUUGGAUUUGGAAUAGGAGGGACGAGUCGAGCUGGCAGCCAGGAGGGAGCGAGUAAUGGCUGGCCACCACUGCUGACCCACCAAAAGGAGAGUGUUAUGGUCAAGGGUCGAAACACUCAAUGAUAGUUGGUAACCAUCUGAUGACACAACCUCCUGGCUAAGAGCGCCAGAAGGAGUAGCAUCUAAUUAUGCUAUCACCAGCCUGGAUAUUGCAAACCGCUCCCUACAGAGGUGGCGCUGAUGCUAAAAUUAAGAGAAGCCCCUGAAUGCCCUUAUGUCAUAAAAAUGUAUGAAUGGUACGAGGAACGCGCCUGGGUCAUGCUUGUCCUCGAGUACCAAAGGGACUGGAAGGACUUGUAUUCCUAUAUCGAUAAAAAGGGAAUGAAGGAAGACAAAGCUCUGUUUUUGGUUUGCACCUGAAGUUAACAAACUUUAGGAUGGCUCGUCUAGUCAAAAGCACUGGCUACACAUCCAAACCACGUGUAGUAGCUAAAUGUUGCAUUCCACCUGAGGCCUUACCGAGGUUGCAAUACUUGGCCAUGCCAGCAACCGUCUGGGCCUUAGGUGUGGUGCUCUAUGAGAUGGUGAACAGAUUUCCACCCUUGCAACGAUUAGGCGUAGUAAGGAUUACGGGACGCAAUUUAACCAUGAAUGCCUGUGAUCUGAUUCGACGGUGCCUGUACAUGAAUCCAGAUCAACGACUAACAAUCGAUCAGAUUUUAGCACACGACUGGUUUAAAUGCAUCAUAACACAGGUUCCGGCGACCCCAGCGGUUGCGAAUUAUCUUGUGCCAAAAGGUUCUGAAUCUUUUAAUGCUGAAUACGAGUAUAAAACGAGUAAAGAUUAUUUUCUUGGGAAAAGUGCCUAUGGCAGGGUCUAUAGAGGAACCCGUAAAGCUGAUGGCAAAUUGGUCGCCAUCAAGCAUGUGAGGCUACGUGAGGAAGAAAGAUGUAUUUGUUAUGCAAGUCAUCAAAACUAAGGCUUUCCAGGCUUUCAGCAUGGAUAUUCCAGACCACUUGUUACAGAGGUGGCCUUAAUGUUGAAGUUAAAAGAAGCUCCUGUAUGCCCCUAUGUUAUAAGAAUGAUUGACUGGUAUGAGGAACGCAAUUACCUCAUGUUUGUUCUGGAGUACCUAGACGAAUGGAUGCCCUUGCGUAAUUAUAUCUCUAC